UGAGCGUACAGGGAUCACACAAUCCCCGAGCACCUCUGCUCCGGGUGUGCGUUUGCAGUGGCUCUGCAGCAAUGCCCUCGGUGUUUGCAGCCUGUGCAAGCUUGCACGCAGCGGGAGCUCGGUGCCUAGAAUUGGGGGGCGAUGGGCGUGGCCGCGCUUCCUCGCGCCUUCUCCCGCGCAGGCAAUCCCGGGAACGUUCUGAAAAGUAUCCAAAAGUUCUGCGCCGCGCGCGCGCAAAAAGGAAAAAAAAAAAAACAAACGGGCACAACCCCCCACCACUCUGGGCGUUGCGAGUCCCGACCUCGCCAUUCCAGCUGCACCUCCGGCUGCAGCGCGUACGCCUCCUGCGCCUCCUUCUCGGGAGCCUUGCCGUCGGCUCGUGCUCCCCUUGCAGCCACCGGAGAGUCCCUGCGCAUCUCCUUGGGGCACCAUGCCCAACGACGACGCAUACAGCAAGGCUUCGCCACCGUCGGAGGCCCCGCACGCCCCUGGGUCACCACCGCAGGGCAAGGCCGGGGGCUUCGGCAAAGCGGCCGGGGCGCUGCUCGGGACCACGGGGGGCGCGGGCGCCGGGGGCAGCGGCGGCUCAGGCUCGGGGGCGUCGGGCAUGGACGCCGCCGCGAGUAAGAAGUCCCCGCGGCUGCCCAAGUGCGCGCGGUGCAGGAACCACGGCUACGCGUCGGCGCUCAAGGGCCACAAACGCUUCUGCAUGUGGCGGGAAUGCCAGUGCAAGAAAUGCAACCUGAUCGCAGAGAGACAGCGCGUGAUGGCCGCGCAGGUGGCCCUGAGACGGCAGCAGGCCCAGGAGGAGGAAUUGGGCAUCAGCCACCCCAUCCCGCUGCCCAGCGCGGCCGAGCUGCUCGUCAAGAGGGAGAACGACAGCAGCACCCCAUGCCUGAUGACUGAGGGCAGCAGCCCCUCGCAAACCCCGCCGGCCAGCACCCCGACCCCGCCCGCGGCAGCGGCAGUAGAGGGCCGGGUGGCCAUCCAGGAUAUUCCUGCUGCCACCAGCAGAGGGCACGUGGAGAACACACCUGACCUCGUUUCCGACUCCACCUACUACAGCAGCUUUUACCAGCCGUCUCUGUUCCCUUACUACAACAACCUGUACAACUACCCGCAGUACUCCAUGGCCUUAGCCGCUGACUCCCCCUCCGGGGACAUGGGAAGCCCUCUCGGGGGCUCCCCUGUGAAGAACAGCCUUCGGAGCCUCCCAGCGCCUUAUAUGCCCGGUCAAGCGACAGGAAACCAGUGGCAGAUGAAAAACUCGGAGAGCCUCCACGCAGUGAGUUCCCAGUACAGGAUGCAUUCUUACUACCCGCCUACCUCCUACCUGGGCCAGAGCAUGUCCCAGAUCUUCACCUUUGAGGACGGCCUCUCUUACUCGGAAGCCAAAGCGAGCGUAUUCUCGCCACCCAGCAGUCAAGACUGUGGCUUGGUUUCCCUCUCCACCAGCUCUUCUGUUAGUAACGACAGCUCAAAGGCAGUGCUCGAAUGUGAGUCUGCCUCGGAGCCCAGCAGUUUUGCGGUCACUCCUGUCAUCGAGGACGACGAAUAAUCCGGCACCCUGAUGCCUUUGGCCAUUCACCUGGAGUGGCAGGUUUAUUCCGUUUAUACACAGGGUUUGUUGUUAACAUUUUGCCUUGACUCACACCAGCUUAACUGUUGAGAAGAUGUUUGGUUUAUACUCCUUAGAGCUUAGCCCAGAGGCUAGAAGACAUUUGGAAUAGUUUACUAUCUGUGUCUGCCGUCUGCACCAAUUAAGUGCUUUGCUCACGGAGUUAAAUAUUAGUGUUCCUCAUUUUUUUAUGACACUGGUUUACAUGUAGUUUUCAAGAAAUACAAUAAUUCACUCAAGUAAAGCAGUACAUUUGCACCUAAAUGUGUCAACUACUUUCAGUUUUAAAAUGAAAUCUUAGGUGCCUCAGAUCUUUUCUUGAAUUUUAGUAUUUUAAUAAAAGUGCUAAACCAUAAAUUUAGCCACGUUCCUGACUGGUGAGAAGAAAAGAACAGAGUUAGUGAUUAUGUUAGAAAUCUGCAGAAGGUUAAAUAGAAAUAGUGUGUGUGUUUGUGUUGCUGUUAGAAAAGCCUAGCCCCGACGCCAUCCCCUCAAAUCCAAAACGUGACUGAAAUAGUCAGAAGAAAAAAUUAAUGACUUUAAGAAUUGCUACCUUUUCUAAAGGGUAGUUUGAAAACAAUACAAUUUAAAGUAACCCUAGUAAUGCAGAGUUCCUGAGUGUUGUUUCUAGAAAAAUGUAAGAGUUUAUGAUGCACAUUCUACUAUUAAAAAAAAUGGAUGCAAUCUAGAUUAUUUUGUAACCUUAGGUUGUAAUCUGAUUUGAAGAUAAGUACAUCUUUAAAAGUAACUAUAGAUUUCUGAGUUCAUUUUUUGUUAAAAAUUGCUAGUGGUGUACUCCUUAUGUAACAGAAGCCAUCCUGAAAUAAAACUAGUCUAAAAAAAAUUCAUUGUUCUGUGUAGUUGCGGCUGUACCUGAAAUAAAAAUGUUAUUGAUGACUGAAUUUUCUUGUGUGUAUAUUUGAUGAGCGGUAUUAA